AUUGCUGAGUGCUGCGUUAAACAACAAACAAACACUUUUUACCAAUAUAAUGUAGUACGUGUUAUUGUUGCCCAGUCAUGAAGCAUAACCUACAUUAACAUAUUUUGAGAUCUCACCACGAAAACUGAGGGGAUCUGUACCAGCUCUCCUUCUUCAUCCCUGAAUCUGACGUGUGAGACAGGGGAGAUGCUCCAUGUGAUCAGUGUACAGUACCAGAACAUGACCCCGAGUUGCGAGUCUCCACCUGGUGCCAGCUGUGUGUUCCUUCAAGAGACUCAGGCUGACAGUCUGUACACAGACUGUAACGGGGUGGCCACGUGUCAGAUGGAGGUGCAGAAGUUCUGGAUGGACACAGUCUGUGGAGACACAGCAACCUACCACGCUGUGAUAUCCUAUGAAUGUGUGUCUGCUGAUCCCGUCAAAAUCUGUAACAACGUUAACGUCAAUGUUGCCGCGACAGAUGCGGAUGUAACAGCGUUCCUCGUGUCUCCCGGCUAUCCACGUGGUUUGACCUCGGCCGCUAACACGUGUAUAUGUGACGUCACGGGGUCCGACAUGAAUGUGACCAUACUUGAAUACUACAUCUACCCAGUGGCCAGUAUGUCCCUCACAGGAGACAACGAGACCUGGGAUUCCGUGACAGCGGGAAGCUUAACCUACAACACUUUAGUCCUUGAAAACUCCAUGCGGUUAGGAGUUAUGUUUGAUGGUAACCAACCUCCAGGAAAGGCAAGAAGAGGUGUUUGGAUGAAGGUACAGGGCUCGACCACCCUGACAUUGACGUGCAAUGAUGGCCCAUCUCCAGUGUUGUCCUCCACCAGACUUACACAGGACUCACCAGCGACUACAUCAGCUACGUCAAGAAGACCACUUCAAGAAGUGACAGAGUGCAGGGACAGUGAGCGAACUUUGACCCUUGUGUCCAGUGUGUGUGGAGUGGCCAUCAUAAUCCUACUGGUCGCUAUUGUAGCUAUCAUCGUCUACUUCAAGGCAAUUAAACCAUCCAGGAAUACCGCAGUGGUACCUGAUCAGAGAGAGGAGCCCACGUACUCACAACUAGGUCACGUGGGGCAGUCAGGUGAUCACACCGAGUCUGCGAGGCCUUACAGCGGUUUAAUGGACACGACAUAUAGCACUGUCUUCUGCACUGAACAAAGCCUCGUUGCCUGCUCGGACCAUGUCCACUACACCAGCAUACAGGAUGUCCACGGACAUGCCAAGGUCAAUAUAAACACGUAGCGGCUUCACUGAACUGACAGGUGUCAGUAAGCACCAAUGCCGUAAUGUGUGAAGCCCAUCUCUGGUGUCCCCCGCCGUGAUAUUACUGGGAUAUUUAUA